AUGGCGCCUGGUCUAACCAGCACAGUCAAGGACACGAAUGGCUUCAGCGGGACCGUUCCAGUCCCCAGAUUCCUCCCACCCGGUGUCUCCGUCGAGAAGUUCCAAGAGUUCGCCUCCCAACUGCUGCAGACUGUCGGAAAGGAGAACCUCCAGAUCAUCAGCAAUGAUACAGUGCUGGACGAUGGCGAUUACCUCACUGUCGACUGUUUGACUCACGACAUGCACCACCUCUAUGAGCGGGAGGAAUUCGUUGGCAGCGCUCUCAUCCACCCCAAGAAUGUCACCGAUAUUCAAGCUAUCGUCAAGCUCUGCAACGACUUUCUCGUGCCCGUAUGGACCUUCAGCAGAGGCCACAAUGUUGGCUACGGUGGUGCCGCCCCGAGAGUGUCUGGCAGUUUGGUCAUGAACCUUGGCACACACUUGAACCGUAUCCUCGAGGUUAAUGCCGAGGAUUGCUACUGCCUUGUUGAGCCUGGCGUGACAUACCUUCAAAUGCAGAAGUAUCUCAACGACAACGGACUCGCCGAUAAGGUCUGGCUGGAUUCUCCCGAGCUCGGCUACGGAUCUAUGAUCGGCAACGCGCUAGAUCAUGGAGUGGGCUUCACCCCUUACGGAGAUCAUUGGAUGAUGCAUUGCGGCAUGGAGAUUGUUCUUGCCAAUGGAGAAGUUGUUCGCACUGGAAUGGGCGCCAUGCAGAGCCCAGAAGGCCGCGCUCAAGCUGCAAAGGGCGUCCCUCCCCAAGACCAGCACCAGAACGAGUGUUGGCAGCUGUUCCCCUAUGGAUUUGGCCCCAUCAAUGACGGCAUCUUCUCUCAGAGCAACAAUGGAAUUAUCACCAAGAUGGGCAUGUGGCUCAUGCCUGCAGCACCGGGUUUCACUCCAUUCAUGGUCACCUAUGAGAAGGAUGAGGAUCUUGCGGCGGUGGUCGACAUUAUCCGCCCCCUGCGCGUGAACAUGGUCCUUCAGAAUGCUGCCAGUCUGCGUCACAUUGCGCUCGAUGCUGCCCACUACCAUCCCCGCACAGAGUACACGGACGCAGGACUUGACGUUCCCCUCACUGAGGAGCAGCUUGAUGCGGCAGCUAAGAAGGUCAACUUGGGACGGUGGGUCUACAUCGGCGCUGCUUACGGACCCGAGCCCAUCCGCAAAGCACAUCUUGAGAUCACAAAGAGGGAGAUGACCAAGGUGCCGGGCAGCCGAUGGUUCUUGCUUGAGGAUCGCAAGGAAGAGUUCAGUACUCUUCACUGUCGUUCAGACACCAUGCAGGGUAUCCCAACGUGGGAUGAGUUGAGGUGGUUGAACCACUGGAUUCCCAACUGCACCUUCUUAUCCUUUUCCCCGAUCUCCAAGGUCGAUGGCAAGUCGGCGCAGAAGCAAUACGAGAUGGCCAAGAAGCGCUUCGCCGAGGCCAAGAUGGACUACUUCGGUAUCCUUAGCAUCGGAAUGCGAGAGAUGCACAACAUUGUAUGCAUCGUCUACAACCGGGAGGAUCCCGACGCGCGUCGCCGUGCGCAGUGGCUCGUCCGGACCAUGAUCCAGGACUGUGCGGAUAACGGCUGGGGCGAGUUCCGAACUCACGUUGCCCUGAUGGAUCAGAUCGCGGACACCUACGACUUCAACGACCAUGCGCUGGGCAAACUGAACCAGACCAUCAAGGACGCGUUGGAUCCCAACGGUAUCCUGGCACCAGGCAAGAGUGGUGUUUGGCCCAAGAGUUAUGACAAGUCGAAGUGGGCGCUGGGCAAGGAUUAUAUCAAAUAG